AGAGACAAUGUAGAGAAAACGUAAUUCUGAGAAAGCUUAAUUCUGUGUUUGGAAGUGAAGAGGUUUCAGUGUCAGCUUCAACUGAUACCUAUGGACUUGAAAGGGACUUUUUGUCUCUUAAUGAAUCGGGAAGUUCUUCAAUGGCUCAAAAAUUUGUGGAAGCAAAACCUUGGCCAAUACUGAAGAAGAAUUAUUUCAACAACAAACCAAAUACCAAGAACAAGGGCGUCUGUAUCUUUCCGUCAUUGGAGCUCCAAAUACGACAAGCGGUCCAGUCUAUAUCGUUACAAACGAGCUCUACAAUUACUCCAAAAAAAAAAUCGGUUGCUCACGAAAAUAAAGCUUUAGUGAAACUGCAAGAUGAAGUGAAAAAGCUAUUGGACAUGCCAAUAUUGCAACCACAACCAGUUUCCACAGGAGGACACGAUGCUAAAGAAUCUUUAAAAAAGAGACCAAAGAUUUAACGACACUAUUAAGAUUUUCAAGCAAGCAUCAAAGAAAGCAGGUCGUUUUAGUCAGGAUUAUACGAAACGGCUCAGAAGUGUUAGCAGA